AUGGCCAACCAAAGAGAAAAAUGGAAAAGGAAAAAACGAGAGCAGGCCAGCAGCUCUACCAUGUUGUGCCAAGAGUUUUCACCCUUAGGGUCUUGCCUGCUGGAGCACUUUGCAGAUGGCAUCAAGUCAGGGGCAUCCACCAGUGAUAUCCAGGAGCUUGCAUCCCUUGGCAACCAUGGCCAGAAUCCCAACCACAUUGCCCACCAAUUGCAAUCCAAGUACUGUGAAAGCACUGACAUAGACUUGCCCAUGCCCUACUUUGUGGAGACUCCUGUGCAGCUCAGAACAGCAGAUGGCCUGUAUGUGGCACAGAAGAAAAUAGGGAUGUUCUUACCACAUGAGUGGUUUUAUUGGCUUUGUGGCCAAGACCAAGCUAUGUCAGGGUUGCAAAAUGUUGAAGAGUUCUGGAAAGAACACAGCCCAAAAGACCCACAGCUGAAGAACAACAUUAUCAAAGAGACUCAGCAGCAUAGAGAACACAGACAUAAGUGCUUGCCCUGUGGCUUACAUGGAGAUGGGGGCCAAUUCCAGCGAAAUGAUAGCAUCAAUGUGAUCAGCAUGAGGAGCCUGCUAUCCAGCCUCAAUGUUGCUUCAAGCCAGCUCUUGCUACUGGCUUUGCCAAAGGGUGCCAUCAACAAGAGCCCUGAUGAUGCAGCAUUUGACACCAUGAAGGUCCUUUGGCAAGUACUCCAAUGGUCUUGGGAAGCUGCUUUCUACAACAAGUUUCCUGAAUUUGACCAUGCAGGGAACCCUUGGCCAGCAAAGUCUUGGAGACAGCAAAUGGCUGGUCAACCUUUGAGCAGAGAAGGCUUCAGAGCUUGCAUCUGGGCAGUGCAGGCAGAUGGUGAGUACCUCCAGAAUGAGUUCCAGCUGAAAGGUGCAUCACGUGAGGAGAUGUGCUUCAAUUGCUCAGCAAACAAAAGCACUCUCCCCUAUAAUGACUUCAGGCCCACUGCAGCUUGGAGGGCUACAGUGGUGGAGCAUGCAGGGACAUGUCCUACAGAUCAUGUGAUCAGCACCAUUCCAGGUGUGGUUGGUGAAAGCUUCAAAUAUGACACCCUACAUGUGCUAGAGGAAGGCCUCACAGCACAUGUGCUGGCCAAUGUCCUCUUUGACCUGGUUGUGAAGCCAGGCCUGCCAGGAACACAGAAUGAGAGACUGACCUACCUCUUUAGGAAAAUCUGCGCCCUCUACCAAGAGCAAGGCAUUGAGGCCAGUGACAGGAUCAGGAAGCUGACACUCUCUACUUUCUGUUCUCCAAAGAGCAAGCAUGAUCAGUUUCCUACUUUGACAGGGGUGAAGGCUAGACACUGCAGGUGGCUGGUACCUGUGCUGGAAGAGAUAUGCUUGGAAUUCCAGCGUACAGAGGACAAGUACAGUGUACAUCGGUUUCAAACUGUCAAGCACCUCAACCAGCUCUACACAAUCAUGGACUGCAGUGGCAUGCAUCCCACAGGGGAAGAAGCAACUUCUUUCAAAAAAAGCAUGAACCUUUGCCUCCUACACUACUCCAGGCUGUCAGUGUUGAGCAUCCAGCAAGGAAUUCUACAAUGGAAUGUGACCCCCAAGUUCCACUUGUGUGAGCACUUAGCAAGUGUCUUUCAGUGGUUCAAUCCUAAAUUUUCUUCCUGUUAUGCUGGUGAAACAAUGGUGGGCCACCUAUCAGCCCUUGCUCAUUCCUGCCUGAGUGGCACUGCCCCCUACCAGGUGGCCAGUAAG